AUGUUGGCGAAAAUCGCGCUUCUAGUGUGUUGUGCAGUGACACUUCUAAGCCAAACCAGCCAGCAUAACUACACACACACCGAUCUCAAAGGGUUUCACUUUGAGCUACUGCUAACUCAUCUCACCGAGCUUGAGGCACGAAUUCAAACAACUUUACAAGAGAUCGCCUUCAACCAAACCCGUCAGCUGGAAGACCUGAAGCUCCAUAGUAACGUUCCGUGUGGAAAUGUCGAAACGAUUGGCAAAAGCAAUACCAUUUUGCCCAACGUGAACCGGAUGAAUUAUCGUCGUGAAACAAUUGUUGGGCUCGAUACCGAUCAUAAGCUCGACGGUGAGUGGACAGUGUUCCAAUGGCGAUUCAAUGGCUCGCUCGCGUUUAAUCGUACCUGGGCCGAGUAUCGGGCCGGUUUCGGUGACACCCGGGCCGAACAUUGGCUCGGUUUGGAUAACUUAUGGCAGCUGUUGGCGCAAGGUACAGCUCACGAGCUUUUGGUCGUUAUGGAAAACAUUCAAGGCACUACGGUGUACGCUCACUACUCGAUGUUUGGCAUCGGCACGUUGGCGGAACGGUAUGCGAUCAAGGUGAUUGGCAAAUACAGUGGCACAGCAGGAGAUUCGCUAACGUUCCACAUCGGUGCCAAAUUUACGACGCACGAUCAGGACAACGAUUCGCAUGCAUCGAACUGUGCCACACUGUACAAUGGUGGCUGGUGGUUUAAAGACUGCUACUCGUGUUUCCUAAACGGAGAGUACGUCACUGGAUCGCAAAGCACCGAGAGAGGAUUGAUUUGGUUUUCUUUUACCGGACCCUUCAGCUCGCUGAAAUCUUCCAAGAUGAUGAUUCGACCACAACGCACCUGA